ACAUUACGUCCAUAUGUCUGUAGCGAUGCGGCUAACUACGAGAUCGAAGCAUUGAAAGGCACACGAGUGAGUAUGGGAGAAGGACCACAUUGGAAGUACCCGAACUUAUACUAUGUCGAUAUGGGUACUGGUGAAGUGGCGCGAUAUGAUUCCAUAACCGGGAGGACCCACAAAUGUCAAAUAACAAAUCACCGAAAAGUUUCCUUUAUUAUACCAUAUAAAAACUCCGACAAACUAUUUGCUGUUGGUCUCAAUCGGCUUGCCGCACAAAUUUACUGGGAUGGCUACGCCACGAAGUGUCAGGUCGUUAAGAAGUUGUUUGAAGUUGAGACAGAGAAUCCACGUGGCAACAGCAAAUGUCUAAACGAUGCGAAAUGUGAUGCCAAAGGACGCCUCUUUACCGGCACAGUUGAUUGUGAUUUCGGCACUACGGGCGUUAGUGAUCGAAGUUUGUAUAAAUUCGCUAACGGUAAACUAGAACGGAUUUUAGCCAAUGUAAAUCUCUCGAAUGGCAUGGCUUGGAAUUAUAAACGCAGAGAGUACUAUUACGUGGAUAGUGGCAGAAAUAAUAUCAUACGCUUCGAUUACGAUUUGAAAACUGGGCGUACAGUAAAUCCAAAAGUCGUUUUUCACCUGGAUGUAAGUGAGUUCACACCCAAUAACAGCGGUUGGAUAAUCAUGGACGGCAUGACCAUAGACACGUCCGGUUAUCUCUAUGUUGUUGUACACGGCAGCACCAAAAUAUUAAAAAUUUGCACCAGGAAAUGGAGAAUAGUCGAACGUAUUGAAAUACCUUGCAGUUCAAUAUCGUCUGCGACCUUUGGCGGCGCCAAGUACAAUGAACUUUAUGUAACAUCUGUAGAUGCGGAAAAUGCAACAACAACUUGUGGCAAGAUCUUUCGAAUUAAGGGUCUCAACGCUCGCGGAGAGCUCAAUGAACCGAUAAAUUUUUAA